AUGUUAAACGACAAACGUGACGAUGACCAGUUCCUCUACGCAAUGACUGGAAUUUUUCUCUGCUACUCCUUUGGUACCCUACCCAUCCUCAUACAGGAAAUCGUCUCUGUCUAUUCGAAGUUCACAGAUGGAGAAAUUUCGGUCCGGGCUUCCAAACGUAUUGGCAAUGUUCUUACAUUACUUCAGAGCAUCGCACACAACCCGGAGACCCGUGGUGAAUUUAUCAGAGCAAAUAUCGGGAGCUACAUCUUGCCGUUGAUACUCUCGAAAGAGAAGGCUCAUAACGAGAUAUAUGAAAACCUACGGCUCAUGAGCCUUUCCGUGAUCGCUGCGCUUUGCCAGGGGAAGGAAGACUUUGUCUCCCAAUGGGUUCUUGAGGCAAAGGUCUUUGGCGUCUGUUUGCACGCCGCACAUCUUGGCAGCGAACUUAGCAAAGUGAUGAGCACAACAAUCAUCGAAAGGGCACUCCAACAUGACAACAUUCGGAAGGCACUGUGUAAACCAGACAUGAGAGGGACUCUUGAAGGAAUUAUUAUUACAUUCUGCAAAAUGGUGAAUGAUAUCUGCUCAUCUCCUGGUCCAACGGGCAUACAUCUUCUUGACAUGGUCCUACAGUGCUGCAUACUCCUCUUCACAUGUAUAAGGUCCAGUGGAUCGCUUCGACUAAAGCUCAUGCAUUCCUUGAGGGACAGCGUACUGAAUGAGUUACUCCAGCCAUACUCUGAUACUCGGAGCAAACGAGUUCAUGUCAUGAUGCUCCUGCAUGACAUUGAUCCAGUUGCUGAUGGCUCCACACAAAGCAGAAAGCCCCUUUCAGCUCUGAAUGCAAACGCAAAGAGCCAGCAAGAUCAAAGACAGAAGCGUGAUGGCUGGGGGGCUAAGCGUUUUGGCUGA